CAGGAAGCCAGUCAUGCAAGAUGCAAAGUACAUUGUAUAUUUCAUAGUUUAAAAUACUCUUGCAAACUGAGACACUGUUACUACCUCUUCUUUUACUCAUAUAGAGUUGAAAAGUAAGUGCAGAUAAUUUAGGAAUAUACAGAUUCAGCAUAACUCAAUCACAAUUCUGACUUCUAAAAUCAGCUGAAUGCUAGAAUAGUGAACUCUAACAAAACAGAACCUAUUUGUUCUCGCACUGAAUACAUGCAUUUGCGUACACCCCCCUCUAACCCUAACUCCCCCAGACAUACACACAUUCUCUUAAACCAAAUUUUGAAAAACUUCACUCAAAUCUCACUCCACAAACAUCCACUUUCAAGCCGAUGCAACCGUGCGCCGAAUUCAUUGCACAUGUCUCAGGAGCAGUCUCCCCUGAAUGUGAUUUACUCUACAUUUCCUUGAAGUUACUUACAGUCAGACCCUGAAGUCCAUGCUUAUGGAAAACUCCUAUCGACUUAAGUGUGACUAGCGUCCCAAUUCUCAAAGGCAUGGCAGCUGCCGUUGCUAAUAAAGUAAUUCUGGAAAGGCUCAGCAACCCUAAAGUGUCCCUCCAAGAGUUAUUAGUAUUACAAUAGCACUGAAGCACUUCAGAUCGGGACCCUGCUGUUGUAGGCAGUGUACAAGCAAGUAAUGUAAAGACCGUGUAGUGUAGCACGAUUGCCUUUAAAACCAUGGAGAAGAAAAGAGCCCAGAACCGGAGAUUUUCAGUACAUGCCGCAGCAUGCAGCAGCUGGAGGUUUUCCAUAUAACAGGGAAGCCUGUGUGACACUUGAUCUCCUAGAAGGAAGUUUACCUUCCUCUGUUUCUACCCUCCCUGAAGCUGGUGUCUUUGGUCUCUUCUUUCUCUAUAUAAGGCAUUUCCUUCCCAAAAGCUCCUUAUUAAGUGGAAUCUAGAGCCAUCUCAAAGUUGUUUUCCUAUCCCUGUGAAUCAGACUAUGGGGGUCUCUUGUAACAAAAUUGCUAAGAAUUUCUAGCUGGACUAUGUAAUCUCAGUGCCUGGUAUCAAGGAGGGGAGGGUGGGGAAAGAGCGACAUGAAAUCAUUGACUUGUGACAGACAUUCCUCAGUAGCAGCCACCUCCUAAUGACAGCUAAUAAAGGGAAUCUUCUUUUGACAGAGCUGCAUGCCUGCAGUGGGACUGGAAUGUACCCCCGAUAAACCCCCCGAUAACCUAGGAAGCAGGGAUCACACCCAAAGAGUAUAAAAGAGCAGCCAGAAAGAGGAGCAAACAGAACGAGGGAGUGAGCCAUCGAGACCAGAAGGGACCUCUCAGAAGAAGCUCAAACUUGCUCCUAUUCCAAGCCAACCCAGCAGGAUGGACACAAAAGGUUCAUUUCUCUACGGGCUCCUGUUGCUGCUGCUCUUCCAGUUCCAGUCCAACCGAGCCAACCCCAUCUACAGCCUCAGCCCUGCCAAAGAACUGGCCAGCAUGGAGGCACUCCUGGAGAGGCUGGAGGACAAGUUCUCAUUGAUGGAAGCCCUGGAGUCUAGCCCUGACCUGCAGGAGCCUAAAGCUGAGGAAGAGAUGCCGGCACAACUCUUAGAGGACAGCGAUGUCCCACAGCCUGAGCCCAGGUUCACCCCUAGUGCCCCUCAGUCCUACCGUGACACCUUCCUCAAGAAGCUGAGGGGGCUGCAGGCCCCCAAGAUGAUGCGCGACUCUGGCUGCUUUGGGAGGAGGAUUGACAGAAUCGGGUCCCUGAGCGGGAUGGGCUGCAAUGGCUCCAGGAAGAAUUAAAGCCACUUUCCAGCACUCUUGAAGGAUGCUUUCCAGUGCCCAUCUCUCCCCGGAUGCUUACCAUGUGCUUUCUAAACUCUGUCAUGGAAAAAAGUUGUGCCUAUUUAUUUAUUUUUAUUUAUUUAUUUAUUCAAUGUUUUAUAAAAAGAACAUUUCUUACUUUCACACCAACAGAUCAUGUUGAAAUAAAACUAACACAUUAGUCUUCUA